CCCAACUCCCCCGCCCCCCCCCUCUCUCCCGCCAGAAUGUACCACUACAACCCUUUAGCUCGAAUGAAGCUGUCGUGCACGAGAUGCAGGACCAGGAAGCUGCGAUGCGACAAAGGGGAUCCCGAAUGUAAGAGAUGCGUAGAUAGCGGCCUCUCAUGCUCAUAUCCGCAGAGGAGAAAGGCUCGGACUACUCAAAGCUCCGAGCUCCACCACCUGGGCCAUCGUCUGGAGGCACUCGAGGAGCGUAUGAGGGGCACAGAGGCACCACCACAUCCAAGGACUACACCCCCCAUAUCUCCCCCGACCCAGAGCAACGUUCAGACAGAAGCAGAGUCGAGGGAUAUUCCUACCGAAUCAUCCGAGCCCCGCAGUAGCACAUGGAUCUAUAGCAUGGUCAGCGGAGCCAAAGACAAUAUCGAACACCUCACCAGCAACGCGUCAUCAUCCUGGACGCGGUCAACUGUAGACAUGGCGAUCACCCGGCUGGACACGGCUCUGGUUAACCUGGCCGCCUUAAGCCCUAGACCCGAUCACAAUGUCACCGACGAACGGAGAAACCACUUGCCAGUCAGCGAUAUUAAGCGCUUCAUAGACGUAUUCCUGGAAGUCAUUCUCCCCAACCUCAGCAUAUUCGACUCCUUUGCAACCCUCGUGGACUCCGAGUUCCUGCGAUCCAUGCCCCAUGUCAUCGGGUCACCGUAUGCCAUAAUCGAGCCAGUCAUGCAGGUUAUCUAUUUCAACGCGAUAUAUUUCGGACAAACUGCUGGCACAGGUGCAGAACAGAGGGCAGCGGCGAAAACCUACUAUCGCGGCCUGCAAGUCAUUCCGAAGUGGUUGGCAUCGGCCCAAGGCUCGCAUCUAGACCUCAUCGCUGCGUCCUUAACGGCAUGGAUGGGAAUCAACAACUUUGACUACCAUUUGUCAUGGCAGUUCCACCGCGAGGCUUGUCGCUUCGGAGACCGACUAGGCAUCCACGAAGUAGAUUCACUACCGCUGGGCACUGCAGAAGAGGAAAUCGAAAAGGAUGUGAAGCGGCGAAUGCACUGGUAUCUGGUGGAAAUGGACCUUCUCUUCAGAACCUGGUACGACAAGCCCACGGCUCUGCGGUGUCCGGUCGGCCAGGUCCGACUGCCAGCGGAGAUAUCACCGCAAACCAAGCAGCCCAAGCCCCAUAACUGCAUUCUGUUUUUGGUCUGGUCCCGAACCCUCUUCAUCAUGGCCAACUUCUUCAUUCAAUUCGACGCCAGUAGGGCCAGUGACCAUCUCAAUAGCACGGCGAAUGCGUGCUGCAUGGAGCUAGAAGAACUGGUCAAUGACUGGGACCUCUUAUCACUAGCCAGAUCGCCCAAACUGGGCUGGGUAAAAUCAUGGCUCUUUCUCGAGACGGUCAUCGCGUUGCAUCUUUUCAUCAUCUUCGUGAGGCGGAAAGUGUCAAGUGCCGAGCAGAUUGUGCACCCACAAGCAGUUCGUUCCGCCAGACUCAUCAUCGGCAUUAUCCUCGAAAAAUCAGAAUCUCCAAUCUCGCCCUGGGGGGAACAGGAUGACUUUCAGACACACUUUCUGACAUUCUAUCCCUUUGGCGCCUUCUUCACCCUGUAUUAUCACAUCCUGUCUUCCACCCAACCUAGUGAGUACGAAAGUGACCUCUGCACGCUCGAGAGGGUGGUGAACAUGAUGGUCGCAGCAGCUGCCAUCCGCCCCGACUUCGCCCCAAUUGCCGACGCCGUGAGUGCCCUUAACGAUGUCUGUCGGGCAUUUCACUCGGGUCAGAAGAAUCCUGCUUUUACCAUCAACUCGUCGGACAUGCUGCCAGACAACCCGCUGGCUCUGUUACCCAACGAGAAGGAAGCCGGUUCGUCGACCGUUGCAGAUCUACCGCCGCUUGGGGCUCUCCAGAAUCUUGCCUCUAUCAUGCCGCUUCAGACGGAUGAGGAACUGGAUUACGCGUUUGGGAUUCCCUUCCAGCUUCAACAUCAGGUUGUACCCAGCACGCAGUCUGGACUGGUCACGGAGAAGGAGACAGCGCGGACCAUGGCAGAGCCCUUGGAAUUUGUGCGAGCAGUUGAGAACGAGUUGACCUGGCGUAACUGGCACGAAAGCUGGUGGAAUUCACAAGCACCUGGACCAAGCUGAUACGGUCUAGACUCCACUGUUCACCGAAUGCUACAGCUCUAAUGGGUUUAGCAGAAAUUGCAUUAAGCUAUGGUCACAAUCGAAAGCUGCAGUGAUCGAGGGGAGAAGA